AACACCAGCACGCGAAAGCUAGCAACCCAAUCAAAAAAUAUGGCGUCCUUAGCAACGAAGCAGUUCUUUCGUUGUCUUUCGUAUUAGAAGCUAUCUUUUCUUCACAUGAAAAUGGCGAGAAUAACUGAAGACUUGAUUCGUAAGUGUGCAGAGCACAAUGAGUGCGAAAUUUUCAGUUUAGAAGAAUUAUCUUUGCACCAGAGAAAUGUUAUAAAAAUUGAGCAUAUUGAUAGGUGGUGCAAGGACUUAAAAAUACUUUAUUUACACAGCAAUCUUAUUUCAAAGACUGAAAAUCUAAGUCAUUUAAAAAAGUUGGAGUACAUUAAUUUCACUUUGAAUAAUAUAACCAGGGUAGAAAACCUUGAAGGAUGUGAAUCGUUGAAGAAACUAGAUUUCACGGUCAAUUUCAUUGGAGAACUGACGUCCAUCGAAAGUCUGCAGGGUAAUUACAAUCUGGAAGAACUAUACUUAACAGGAAAUCCUUGUACGGAAUUUGAAGGCUACCGUGAAUAUGUUAUAGCCACAUUACCGCAAUUAGUGAGAUUAGAUGGUGAGAAGAUUAAAAAAUCAGAAAGAAUCUUGGCUAUGCAGAAAUAUAGCAAAGUAAGAGGAGAAGUUCUAGAGCAACAAAAACGGUAUCUACUGAAAGUUGGACAAAAUGAAACUGUUUUGAAUGAUUUCGAAGAUGGGGACCUUGUUUACGACACAAAAGAAUCAGAUGAUGCAAACAAGGAGGACAAUUUCUGGAAGCAACAAACAAAACACACUCCUCAGUCUAGAAUAGAAAUCUUCAAACACAUGCAGAAGCUUUCAAAGAAAAGUGACAGCUACAAAGGAACAAAGAAACCUAAGCCACCUCGAAAACUAAUUACAGAGGACGGAAGAGUUUUGAACGUAAACGAACCCAAACUAGACUUUGAAUUUAUUGAUGAUGAAGAAAACAAUUGCUACAAAUUAGAUUUGGCAGUUUACAGAUAUCUGGAUUCUGCUCUUUUAGAAGCUGAUGUGGAACCCAAUUAUGUUCGCAUCAAAGUGAAAGGAAAAAUCUUCCAGUUGCUUCUUCCUCAAGAAGUCCAUCCAGACCAAAGCACUUCACUACGAUCGCAGACUACUGGACAUUUACUGGUCACUAUGCCUAAAGCAAAUACAGUUCUAAGGAAAAGAGAGGUCACGGAGAAGAACUCUGUUGUUCAAGAGGAAGAUAAAGAAAAAAGUGAAAUUUUGGAAGUUACCCCACCUUUAAUAAAUUACGUCGAUAAAAUUGUGAGAAAACCUGAAAAAGAAUAAAUUCGACGGAAAUAAGAUCUGGAUUACCGAAGCCAUAAUCUGAAUUAUGUAUAAUUCGCUCAGCAGAAGUGAUUCGAUUUUAUUAAAUAAAGUGGUUUCUUUUC